AUGGAGCUGGUGGCUGCACUGAAGGCACUCAAUGGAUCCAAUCUCGUUGAAUCUGUCAAAAUGGGUAGAUUUGCGUGGCGAGCAAAUAACAAGUCGCUGCCAUUGGGGGCAACAUGGUACAAAGGCUCAAUCUAUGGUGCCUUCCAAAGGGAAUUUCUGCACGAAGUAGUCAUGGGAAUAGCUGUCGGUCCCAUUCGUGACCUCAUGCUCAAGCCGAAAUAUAUCAUGCAUCCCGACGAGUUCUUUUUCCCAACUCUCGCUUACAACAGCCGCCUUCGCCUGCCUGGAGCUUGUCUGCAUAGCCCAGCACCCGAAUCUGAAGUAGGCUUUAACUACUUGGCCAAGUUUGUCAUUUGGGAAGGCUGCAGUAUAAAUUGUACUACUAAAUACGUUAGGGAUGUCUGCAUCCUUGGAACGGAUCAUGUGGCGUUGUUGCAGACUGUGCCACACAUUUCCGCCAACAAGUUCCAUGCUGACUACCAACCAGAGGCUUACGAUGAGAUGGAGCGGUGGUACUUCCGACGAGUCAAAGCUGAAAUGAAAUCAGGCUCCUAUGACAGGAGGACAUUUGAUCCAACCAUUUACGCCGAACGCUUGUGUUCACGAUAUCACAUCUAG